UUAAGGAGCCUCGGCGGACCUUCUUCUCUACUCUCUCUCUGUCUCUCUCUCUCUUCGUCCAUGGCAACGUCUCGUCAGAUUAUCCGUUCUUCCUCGCGUUGGUCUUCCUCAUCUCCGACCUUCAAAUCCAUUCUUACUCAAAGCCUCCGCCGCUUCAACAGCUCAUCUCCCACACCUUCACUUCGCAAUCAACACCAACUUCAACACGAGUUCUCGAAACCCAAUGAGUUCUUGGGCAGCUGGAAACCCCCGAAGGAUCCCAAAGAAGCAGAGGCAAAACUGGGGCAACUGAGGAGGGACUAUGCCAAGCAGGUCAAGGAGCUCCGAAAGCAGUACAUCUACGAGAUGGAGUUGCAGAGGCUAGAACAGCAACAGAAGGACGAGGCCAAGCGAGAGGCCAUGCGUCUCGCUAGGGAGGAAAGGAACGCUGCCAAGGCUGCCAUGGCCCAGGCCCGAGCCGAAGAGCGGAAGGCGUUCGAAGAGGAGUUCCGCCAAACCCUUAUGAAAGAAAGAGCAGAGAAGUUAGAAAACUGGAGAUCAAAAGAAGAGCUGAGAGAAGAGAAUAAGAAAGAAAAGAAUGAGCUUUUGCGUCGGCAGAGUUCCAUGUGGGUUGAUGAAACAGAACUUGAGAAGAAAAUAUUGGAAGCUCUUGUCGAUACUACAUCUCUCUGACUUGGGUUUAGCCAAUAAUUUAGAAGUGAAUUAUAGGGAUGGGUACGUUAGUUACCUGUGGAUUUUAACGACUUGCCCAGUUAUACUUGGUACAAUUUGUUUAAAAAAUUAAACAUUCCCUUGAAAAGCUUAUGACAAUAUUUCAAACCCCAAGUAGUAGUUUCUUUGUUUUCCUUUUUAUGUAUUAUCAGUGAUUGUCACUGUGUUAAUCUAUAAAAGCAUCUUUGCAGUAUGAGUGAA